AUGAAAAAAGACGCACAAAAGGUGCUGAAGGGCGCCGCAUACACGGAGUCCAGCCCGAUUUCAGAUGUCUCCCAUCAGAAGGCAUCCGCCAGCAAGGCGUUCCUUGAGAAUCACUACCGUGGAAUGUUGCGUGAGGCGCGUAGUGGUGGCAACGCACGGCCGGUCGGACCGCGACAGCGGGAGCCGUGCGCGGAGGAUUUUGUGCUUCUUAAACAUAUUGGCAAAGGCGCCUUUGGCGAGGUGUACGUUUGCCACCGCAAGGGUGAUGGGGAGAAGCAUCUGUACGCUCUCAAGCGGAUGCGGAAGACGGACAUGAUCCGAAAGAAACAGACGCUUCAUGUGCGGUCCGAGAAGGACGUCAUGGCGGAGGCGGCUGCGACAAAUGAAUGGGUGGUGCGUUUACAUCUUAGCUUCCAGGACGAAUCGUACCUUUACAUGGUGAUGGAGUACAUGCCGGGUGGAGACAUGAUCUCCUGGCUUUGCCUGAAGCAGAAGUUUGACGUGGAGAGCACGCGGUUCUACAUCGCGGAACUCUCCGCCGCCGUGGCCAGCGUGCAUGACAUGUGUUUUGUUCACCGUGACAUAAAACCGGACAACAUCCUGUUGGGCGCGGAUGGGCAUAUUAAACUGACAGAUUUUGGUCUCUCCAAGCGGUUUGCGAAGGUGGGUGAGGAGCUGCUGGAGCUCGAAGAAAGUGCCCCGUUGGAGAGCAUCACACUUGACGAGGUGGCCAGUAGGCCCGACCCCGCGUCACCGGCUGAAAGACACGGCGUGGUGCAUUUCCGUGAUCGACACAUGUUUGAGUCUAUUGUGGGUAGUCCUGGCUACAUUGCGCCGGAGAUAUUGCAGCGUCAGCGCUACGGCAUAGAGUGUGACUGGUGGUCGGUGGGUGUCAUCAUGUACGAGAUGCUCUACGGCAUUCCACCCUUCUUUUCGCCAAACCCGAACUCCACCUGCUACAAGAUCACCCACUGGCGGGAGUACCUUCUGUACCCGGAUAACUCUGGCGUGCCUGAGGACGCGGUGGAUCUGAUGAAACAACUCAUGUGCGACCCGAAAGACCGUCUGGAAUUUAACGAAAUUAAGGCGCAUGCAUUCUUCCGCGGCAUCGAGUGGAAACACCUGCGUGAGAUGAAAGCGGCCUUUGUGCCGGUGCUCUCCAGUCCGCUUGACACGACGUACUUCCCUGAGAUUGACGACGGGGACAAAUCACAACGGCCUGAAGAGAGCAACACCGUGAAGGAGGUUGACCCACACGGGGUUAUGUUUGCCGACUACAAGUUCAACCCCUCACGGUGA